AUGUCUGGCGAAGCCGUGACCACCACCACCGAUCAGGGUGAUAAACCUAUUACUGAAAGUAAAGAAACCGCGGAGAAAAUAGCGUCACCUGUUAAAGAACAAGCCAAUGAUCAAGUAGCUGAUACAGCCGAGACCGUAGGCAACGCUGAAGCUAAUGGUAACCCAGAAGAAUCUAAAGCCGAAAAGGGUGCAGAGCCUUCUGUUCCAACUGACGCCGCAGCCAACCCGUCCGUCGAAUCCAGUAAAACUGAAGCUGUUGAAGCAGCAGCAGGAAGUGUGGAGGAGACGAUCGAGAAAAAGGAAAUCUCCAUGGAUACAACAGGACCAGCGGAAGCUUCUGAAGCUGAGCAACCUGCAGCUGCUGCAGCAGCGCCUCAAGACGUUGAGAAGAAAGAUGACGAAGCAGAGAAAUGGGAAGUCAUAGACGAUGAAGAAGUGAAGAAGGCUAAAGAAGCUGAAGAGCAACACCGUGAAGUCGAAAAAGUGAAAGCAGCAAAAGAAAAAGCUGAAAAGGAAAAGGCCGAAAAAGAGAAGGCUGAGAAGGAAAAGGCUGAAAAAGAGAAGGCUGAAAAGGAAAAGGCUGAGAAGGAGAAGGCCGAGAAAGAGAAAGCUGAAAAGGAGAAAGUUGAAAAAGAAAAGGCCGAGAAAGAAGCUGCUGAAGCUAAAGCAAACGAGGCGAAAUCCGCUGAUGCUAAAGCUAAAGAGCCUGAAGAGAAGAAAGUUGAGUCGGAGACUGCUGAAGAUAAGGGGGAUGCAAAAAAAGUUACUUCACCUGAAAAGCCUGUCGCUGACGAGAAAGAAAAGAAAAAAGAAGCUGAAUCAAAGGACGAAAGUGGAGAUGAAGCCAUGGAAAUUGUUGAAAACAAAGAAGAACCAGAAGUUGUUGCUCCUGUUGCUGUCAGCGGUGGACGCGGAAGAGGUGGUAGAGGACGUGGUAGAGCUGCUGUAAAUACUCGUUCUCCCAAAACGCCUAGAGUUGCUGCUGAAGUAGAUCCCGAGUCAAUCGCCUCAUCACGCCCAAGAAGAUCUACUUCUCAACGUGUUGAUUAUGCUAAUCCUGAUACCUCAACGGUUUUGGCUGAGGUGGAUGAUGAAAUUCCCGGAAAAUUGUUUAAGGGAGCUCGUGGACGUGGUCGCGGUCGUGGAAGAGGAGCUACGAGAGCUGGAAGAAACUCCGAUUCUGAUAGUGACCACCCAGUCAGCGAUGAUGAUGAGGAAUUCGGAAAGAAGAAAAAAGCUGGAGCUGGUAGAGGUCGUGGUCGCGGCCGUGGAGCUGCUAGAGGAGGACGCGCGAGAGGAGGUCGUGGUCGGUCGUCAGCAGGAGCACGACGCAAUAAUGAAUCAGAUGACGAUGAUGAUGUUCCUCUGGAUGACUCCAAGAGUGAUGAUCAAGAUAAUGAAUCAGAAGAAGAAGCAAUCCCAACGAAGAGACGCGGCGCUGAAGCUGCUCACCCACCUAAGAAGAGAGCUAAAGUUGCUGAAUAA